CUGGAGGUAUAAAAACCCAGGGAAGGACACAGGUAUCGCUCCAUUAACUCUCUAGCUGUCAUCGAGGCUGGACUUUGGCUGUUACGAUGAAGAUGUUAUGGUCACCUCUGCCAGUUCUCCUCUCCAUCACUGUUUGCUUCGCUCAAAUCCCAGGUCCACCAGGUCCCCCCGCCCCGCCCCAGCAACCCCCGCCUGCCACUUCUGAUGGUUUCUCUGGCUACCUGAAGCAGUGUGCCCCAGGUGAUUUAAUACCUGGACCCACCUGUACGUCGUUUCUUAAGUGUAUAGGAAGUCGAACUCAAGCUACAAGAAGAGUCAAAUAUGAAUGUGCUCCUGGGACGAUUUUUAACCAGGAAGUCAGCACCUGCGUCCACGGCGAUGCAUCGCAGUGUGUAAUUAGUGCAGGGCCAGACACCUCGGCGCCCUGGCCUCCUGAGUCUGUUGGUCCACCCUCUCCUGCCUCCUGUCCUGCAUAUGAGCUCGACCCAACCAGCGUGUAUGACUGCCUGGAGCCCGGCACCUUCCCGUCCUACCGUGACUGUGUUGGCUUUUACAAGUGUAUCGUCACCAUGGGCUGCACCAUCAAAGGAUUCCAUUACCACUGCCCGCGCCAUUUCCUCUUCGAUGUCAACACUAAACGGUGUCAGGCGGAGUCGGUGGUGGGCGUGUGUGACAAGGCAGCUGAUCCUGGUGUACAGACGCACGAGAUACAACCUGUCGUUGAAAUCAAGCAGGAGCUCCUCGACGACUUCUUUGCAGCGAGCGCCUACUGGGACUUUAUGCCCUUCCUGCCUGACGAACCGCAGAAGAUCGUGCCCUUCGACCUCAGGCUUCUCCCGAGGAGUGGAGGGAGGCGUCUCCAUGCCUACAAAAUAACGCCGUCGGACUUGUAGUUUUAAAGGAACUACAGCCGUCGCACACAAUGACGUGAGAGAAAUACACAAAUAACAAUACUGUUUGCUGGGUUAGAAGCUACACUGCUCAGAUGUCAACUGUUGCUAUUCUUGGUCUAGGUGGUAGCGCCCUCGUUUGCCAUCUGAGAGGCUUGGGCUCGAAUCUUGCAGGAACAGUAUAAUUGUUUGCACACCUAUCCCUUAUAAUCACCAAGGGCUACCUACCUAAGAGGGAGAAAUAAGAUUCCUGUCAUAAUAAGUCGGACACAAGACUUUUAUUAUUCUUAGUCUGAGAGAAAGUAAUUCUUAUUUUCUCUCAUAUAAAUUUGUAAUUAUUAUUAUUAUGUUCAUGAGUUGUUAAUAUGAUCACCAACACAAGAGCUGUAGUGAAGAUUUUACGUGAGUGUUUGUACAUAUAGUUUUGUUCUUUGACCAGAUAAAUUAAACACGUUGUCUGUA